ACUUAUAAUCACGGUCGUUAAAAUUUACAUUUUGUCUAUGAUUCUAUAGUGUUAAAGUCUCUGUCAUUAGUGUCAUGCAUUUACAUAAAGUUUGGUUAACAAAUCAAUGCUGGAAAUCAGAGUUGUGAGUGCGAAUUAUGAGCGAGGGUGUCCUCUCUGAUUACAUAAUUGAUUGGAGAGAGUUUUUUUGCGGCUGGGGAGCCGCAAUCAUAAAUGUUACCCUUACUUAUCCUAUCAAUAAGUUGAUUUUUAGACAGAUACUUCAUGGGACACAAAUUAUACCAGCAUUUCUUCAGCUUAAAAAUGAAGGUUUUUAUUAUUUGUACCGAGGAAUACUGCCCCCAAUGUGUCAAAAAACAUUGUCCAUGUCACUGAUGUUUGGUAUAUAUGAGGAAGUCAGGAGACCGUUGGUACAACUUGGUUUUAAUCCUUACACUGCAAAAACGAUAGGGGCACUAACUUCAGGCACAACAGAGGCUAUUUUAAUGCCUUUUGAGAGAGUACAAACUAUUUUAGCAGAUUCAAAACAUCAUAUAGAAUAUAAAAACACAAUACAUGUAUUCAAAGAACUUAAAAAAUAUGGAAUUAGGGAAUAUUAUCGCGGUUUGGUACCAAUUUUGUUAAGGAAUGGACCUUCCAAUGUAGGUUUUUUUAUAAUUAGAGAGGAAUUUCAAAGUAGGUUUCCAAAAUAUGAAAAUCACUUAUUGAGGACUUCUUGUGAAUUUAUAUGUGGAGCUAUGAUUGGGGUAGUGCUUUCGACUGUGUUCUAUCCAUUGAAUGUUCUUAAAAUUCAUAUGCAAACUAAAGUAGGUGGAAAAUUUGAUAAUCCUUUUAAAGUAUUAGUUGAAAUUUACAAAGAAAGAGGAGGAAAAAUUAGGUACCUUUAUUAUGGUGUUCAAAUGAAUUAUACAAGAGCCUUUAUUAGUUGGGGAAUCAUGAAUACUGCAUACGAACAUAUAAAAAAUUUUGUUUAUUAAGCGUAGGUUCUAUAUUAAUACUGCUGUGAUAAAAGUAGCGCAGUGUCUGCUAAUUUCAUUUAAUUUAAAUACUUUUUUAAAUCAAUAGAUAUCCAAUAUAUUACUUUUUACUGUGUCUUGAAAAUCGGAAUUAUUAUUUUAUUUAUAUCGCUGUGUGUUUGUCUCACUUUAGUUUUAAUUGAAAUUAGUAUAGAUAGUAUCAUCGAAAUAAUUUGAUUUGUACUGAAACACAUGAAGUAUGUUUUAUCUUAAUCUUAUUGUAUUUUUAUAGAGAUAAGUCUUAAAAAGUACAUACAAUUAUUGUAUUGACAUUCUAAAAUCUUUAUUUUUCAUUUAUUAGAAAAUCCUAAACCCAUAAGUGUAACAUCAAGUGGUACCAUAAAAAAACAAAUUAUGGAUUCCUGUUUGUUAAAUUAUUUGUUUUUAAUAAAGUAAUUAUAUUAAAAAA